GUUUCAAGGUGAUAGUAUCAGCCAGCAGAACCGUAAACGGAUCGUAACCCCACUCAAGUAAAACAACGUUGAAUUUUACUCAUUUUUAAUAUUAAGCUCCUGGUGCUGCUAGUCUGCCAAGGAAUGGACACAUCCCUGCCAAAUCAUGUAGAAGAGUGGACAGCGUUAAGCUUUGGCUAGACGACCCACUGCAAACAAUGGGUGCCAAAGAUCCAAGCGACGCAUCACAUCAUGGAGAGUCAGACAGGCAGGCAGACCUCCACCAACCAGGGUACAGACACAAUGGACAGUUGGUCUCCAGACUCCUCCAGCGCGAUGGCCAGUAACGUGACCAACAAGACGGAUCCGCGCUCCCUUAACUCCCGCGUCUUCAUCGGCAACCUCAACACCCUGCUGGUCACCAAGGCCGACGUGGAGGCCAUCUUUUCCAAGUAUGGUAAGAUCGUGGGCUGCUCUGUCCACAAGGGCUUCGCCUUCGUCCAGUACUCCAACGAGAGGAACGCCCGUGCCGCUGUUGGCGGCGAGGAUGGACGCAUGAUCGUCGGACAGGUGCUAGACAUCAACCUGGCGGGUGAGCCAAAGCCUCACCGAUCAAAAACGGUCAAGCGCUCCGCAGGAGACAUGUACAGCUCCUCAUUUGAUUUGGACUAUGACUUUCAGAGAGAUUACUAUGACAGGAUGUACACAUACCAAUCCCGUGUGCCCCCUCCUCCACCGCCUCUGUCCCGUGCUGUCAUCCCCUCUAAGCGACCCAGGGUCAGUCUGAGUGGAGGAGGGAGUCGACGCACCAAGACCAGCUUCUCCUCCUCCAAGAGCAGCCAGAGGACCUCCCGUACAAUGAAGUCAGAUGACCUGCAGACUAUCAAGAGAGAGCUGACCCAGAUUAAACACAAGGUGGACUAUCUGCUGGAGAGCCUGGAGCGGAUGGAGAAGGACCACAGCAAGAAGUCAGAUGAAAGUUCCAAGCCAGAGCCAGGGGAGGUGUCUCCUCUCCACUCUUCCACCUCGAGCAAGAAGGAUGACAGCCUGAAGAGGGACAGGGAGAGGGAGAGCCAGGAGCUCAAUGACUCUGAGGAGGAUGGAGAUCUUCUGGUAGAGGAGAGGACGAGGAUGAGGUGA